UUAGUUUGUAUUAACUAAUGAUAAUUUAUUCCUUUUUUGUUAUUUUAUCACGCAUGUCCAAUUUCUGUUUUUUUUAUGUGCUGAGCAUGAUGGGAAAUAGAGGUAACGCAUGGGAAUUUUGAGUCAUAAACAAAGAUCCAUAUUAUGUUUUUGAAGUUGUAUUAUAAGUUGCAGUUUUAUUUUCUUGUUGUUUUGGGAUGCUAGAAUUGUAUUUAGCAUCUUUAGAAGCAGAUAAGCAUAUUCCCAAAAAAGAGAUCUUCUGUUCUAAGUGGAAAACAGGGAUAACACUUCACGCUCACCAGAUGAGGCAAUGUUGUCGAAAUAAAUCAUAAACCAUUAUGACAAGCCGUAUUAUUUCUGGUGACCCGUGAAACAUUUCGACAACACUCAGGAUGGGGCUCAGCGACGAGGAGCCUCAGCACGGCAGCAUGGAGGGCUCUGCUGCUUCGGUAGACGGUUGGAUGAAGAAUCAGUCAAAAAGGGCUAAGCAGCAUAGAGGAACUGCCAAAGGAAAGUUAACACGUAAGCUAGAAAAGUUUUAUGAGCAUGUGAAAGAUAAAGUUGCCUUAGAAAUAUUGGAAGAUAACUAUAAUUUGAUUGUUAAAGCUUUUGAGGAAGUUGAACUAGCAAAUGAAAGUUAUUGCAAUUUACUUGAUGAAACUAGUGAUACUCAAGAAUUAAAGUCUGCAGACAUUUACAUUAAGGAACUUGACGAUAAGAAAUGUGCUGCCCAUGUUUUGUUUGUAAAGAUUAAAGAUGAGAUGCAAAUGAAAGGGGCCAUCAAAGUAAAAUCUAUUGACAUUCCAAAGUUUGAUGGAAAAAUCAGAGACUAUAGUAAUUUUAAAAGGGAUUAUGUCAGACUUAUGCAACCCAACUAUGGAAAAGACCCAUUUGCUCUUAGACAGUGCUUCUCAGGAGAAGCCUUAGACUCUAUUUGUGGGGUCGAGCAUGAUUUUGAUAAAAUGUUUGCACGGUUAGAUGACAUGUACAGUGAUAGUCGACGAGUAAUUGAUGUAGUAAUUGAAGAUUUGAGAGAAAUUGAACCUGUAGUCGAGGGUGAUAGUUUAGGUUUUAUCAGAAUGGUAGACAAAAUUGAGCAAAAUUUUCUUUAUCUAGAUCAGUUGGGUCUAUCUUCAGAACUUAAUACUGCCAAUAUGACAAGUCAGAUAGAGAAACUCUUGCCUCCAACUCAGAAGCGGGAAUGGAUCAAAAUAGCAGAAAAUGUUGAACCUGUUGAAUUAUUUAAAAAACUACUGGAAUACCUUUUGGGUGAAAGGAAAUCCCUUAAGUAUCUGAUUGCCAGUGUAAGGAACCCUGUUAACACUAAAGCUAGAGUGAACUAUGCUGUGUACAAUCAAGAUAGGAUUAGCUCUGACCAUACUGAAGAAUCAGAAAUAAUGAAGAGGCUGUCUGAUGUUGAGAAGGCUGUAACAAAUAUAAAUAACCUUGUGAUCAAGCUUACAGAAGAAAAGAGUGAAGAAAAGAGGUCUAUUGGUACUCUAAGUACACAUUUGAACAGGUGUUGGUAUCAUGGAACAGAUGGACAUGAUAUUUUAGACUGUGCAACAUUUCAGAAGUUAAACAAUAGUGAGAAAUUUGAAAUUCUAAGGAAAAGAGGUAUCUGUUUUAAUUGUCUAAAGGGAAUUCAUGUAUCUAGGAGAUGUUUUAAAAAAUCAAGAUGUUCUGCAACUGAUGCAAAUAAUCAAACUUGUGGGAAGCUCCAUCACACGAGCCUUCAUGAAAAUCAGAUUGUUGGGAGUUCAUACGUCAGCUUGAAAAGAAAUGGAGUCAUGUUCAUGGUCAAUAAGAUUAAAUGUAAUAAUCAAGUAUUAAAUACACUCUUUGAUUCUGGGGCUGACGUGACAAUGAUACGAAAUGAUAUGGCAGCCUCAUUAGGAUUGAAAGGCAAGCAUAUACGAUUAGCUGUGACUAAACUAGGAAACCAGACUGUAACAUAUAACAGUAAGGAAUAUGACCUUGUUCUUACUGAUAAACAGGGGAAUAAUGUGAAUAUUACUGCUUAUGGUAUAGAUGAAAUAACAUCAUGUAUAAACAAGGUUAAUCUGUCACAUGUGAAGCAUUUAUUUAAGAGUACUGAUGUAUGCCAAUUGGAUAGACCUCAUGGUAAGAUAGAUUUACUGAUAGGUGCUGACUAUUGCUCUCUAAUCCCUACAGUUAAAGAAACUGUAGGUGAAAAUUUACAACUUAUGGAAUCUCGAUUUGGGAUGUGUGUUCGUGGUAGUCACCCUAGUAUAGCUUGUGCCUCAGGUACUAGGGAUAUUGUAGGCAUCAGAAUAAACCAUAUUUCUGGGAUUAUAUAUGACAAAGAUAUAACUGUUGAACCGAAAUCUGAUAUUAAGGAUCAGAUUGAUAAAUUUUUCACAGUGGAAUAUUUAGGAACAGAAUGUAAUCCUAGAUGUGGUGAUUGCAAAUGUGGCAAAUGUGCAGUGGGUAACAAUGACUAUAGUAUUAGAGGAGAGAGAGAGUUAGCCUUAAUUGAAAAAGGAUUACAAUAUGAUUCAGAAAAAAAACAAUGGUCCGCUAAAUUCCCAUGGGUUAAAGACCCUAAUUUAUUACAGAAUAAUAUCUCUGUUGCUGUUGCCAAAUUAAGGAGUACUGAGAAGAGAUUGCUGAAACUUGGACCAGAAUAUGCUAAAGCUUAUAACAACCAAAUAAGGGAUAUGAUCAAACGUGAUGUUGCACGUAAAUUAACACCAGAUGAAAUAAAAGGUUAUGCUGGUCCUAUUACAUAUCUUCAACAUCAUGAAGUGCUAAAGCCAGGAUCUACAUCCACACCAAUUAGGAUUGUCUUUAAUUCCUCUGCCAAAUUCAUGGGACAAUCUCUAAAUAGCUUUUGGGCCAAGGGUCCUGAUGUUUUGAAUUCCAUGGUGGGCAUAUUACUGAGAUUCCGUGAAGGAGCCAUAGGUAUAGCAGGUGAUAUAAGUAAGAUGUACAACAGUAUUAAGCUUCCUGAAAUGGAGCAACAUGUACGCAGAUUUGGUUUGGAGAGAUUUCCAGUUGAAUUGUGA